AUGGGGAAAAGAGGAAGAGCUGGUAUUCUACCAAACAAUAUCAUCUUAUUACAAAACUUAGUUAAAAGAGACCCUGAGUCAUACUAUGAAGAAUUUCUUCAACAAUAUUCACAUUAUGAAUCCCUUCGUGAUAUUUUUAUGUUAAAUGGUAUGUCUAGUGAAUUAGGUGAUGCUAUCAGUGGUGAUGACAUAAGCACCUCUAAUUCUGCUUCUUCCUCCUCAUCCACUGCUCAACUCAUUGAACUAAUCGGCUUUGUGUCGCAAGUGUGUUCCUGUUUCCCAAAGGAAACUGCAAAUUUUACCAAUGAACUCAAACAAUUAUUACUGGAACAUCAUAAGACUUUACCCUUCGAACUAAAGGAAAAGAUAAUCACUUCACUUACUAUGUUAAGAAACAAAAAUGUUAUCACUGCAGAAGAAUUAAUCCAAACUUUAUUCCCAUUAUUAAUUGCAUAUUCUAGCCAAGGUAACUCGCUAGGGUUAAAUUCUCAUGCGAAAGAAAUAAGAAAGUUAGCGUACAAUAAUCUCGUAUCAUUAUUAAAAUCAUGUAACACUUCUAGUAAGAAUCAAAAAUUGAAUAGAAGUACACAAGCUUUAUGUUUCAAUCUUUUAGAUCAACCUGAUUCUCAAGGUAUAUGGGCAGCAAAAUUGACAAGAGAAUUAUGGAGACGUAACGUUUGGGAUGAUUCAAGAGCCGUGGAGAUCAUGACUCAAGCUGCGUUACAUGAAGAUGUUAAGAUUGCUAUAUCUGGUAUUAUGUUUUUCCUAGAUGCUGAUAGAGAACGUGAAGAAAAUUUUGAAGAACAGAGUGAUGAUGAAGAUGAUAUUGAUAUCGAAAAAUUAAGACAUAAAUUGCAAAUCAAUAAAAAGACCGGUAAACGUGGAAAAAAAUUAAAUGUUGCAUUAAAAACGAUUCAAAAGAAGAAUAAAAAUGGUGGAAAUAAUAGUAACGUUCUUUUAAAUUUCAGUGCUAUUCAUUUAUUAAGAGAUCCACAAGGCUUUGCCGAAAAAUUGUUUAAGGAACAUCUUUCAGGUAAAAGAAGUAAUAAAUUUGACAUGGAUCAAAAAAUUCAUAUUAUGCAAUUAAUUUCAAGAAUGAUUGGUACACAUAAAUUAAUAAUUUUAGGUUUAUACACAUUCUUCUUAAAAUACUUGACCCCCAAACAGAGAGAUGUAACUAAAAUCAUGGCAGCAGCAGCCCAAGCAUGUCAUGAAUUAGUACCACCUGAAACAUUAAAUGUUAUGGUCCGUAAGAUUGCAGAUGAAUUUGUUUCAGAUGGUGUUGCCUCUGAAGUGGCUGCAGCAGGGUUAAAUACUAUCAGAGAGAUCUGCUCACGUGCGCCUUUGGCAAUAGAUGAAACUCUUUUACAAGAUUUAACUGAGUAUAGAGGUUCUAAAGCCAAAGGUGUUAAUAUGGCAGCUAAAUCUCUAAUUUCACUCUAUAGAGAAGUAGCACCAGAGAUGUUGAAGAAGAAAGACCGUGGUAAGACUGUCUCUAUGGAAUUACAAGAAGCGAAAAGAACAGGUGGCAAAACCAAGAAACCACAAUUCGGUGUUGAAAAUACUGUUCAAGGUAUUGAAGGUAUUGAAUUAUUAGCUAAAUGGAAACGUGAAAAUGAAGGUUCCAAUGCAAAUAAUGAAGAAGAUGAUGCUAAUUGGGAAGUUGAUGAAGAGCUUUCAGAUGCUAGUGAUAUAGAGGGCGAGUGGGUGACAGUGGAAAGUGAUAAAGAAUAUGACAUUAAUAUGGAUAGUAGUGGUGAUGAGAAAGAUGAUAAGGGGCAAGACACAAAAGACAAGAAACAUGAUAUAGCAAAUGAUGAAGAUUCGGAUCUAAGUUUAAGCAGUGACGAUGAGGACGAUUCCACAAAGGAAGCUAACGAAGAAGAAAAAGAUCCUGAAGCUAUAUUUCGUGAAAUUGCUUCUACACGUAUUUUAACGCCAGCAGAUUUUGCCAAAUUACAACAAUUACGUACUGAGGAAGGUGUUGCUAAAUUAAUGGGUAUUAGGAAGAAUGAAGAACUUGUUGAUGCAAGUUCAUUAGUAGGACCGGUUAAAUAUAAACAAACACGUGAAGAAAGAUUACAACAAGUCCUUGAAGGUCGUGAAGAUCGUGGUAAAUUUGGUAGUAGGCGUGGUAAGCGUGAAUACCAACGUUCAACUACAAACAGAGAAAAACAAAGAAAGAAGAAUUUCGUGAUGAUGAUUCAUAAGAAGUCUGUUAAGGGAAAACAAAAGAUGUCCUUAAGAGAUAGACAAAAAGUUCUUAAAGCACAUAUUACCAAACAAAAAAAGAAAGGUUUCUAA